CGCCUCGGGCGGCCCCGCUCGCUUCCAGCCGCCGCUCCGACGCCUCCCGAGGAGAAGCGGAAGCGGCGGCGGGCGGGGAUCGGCCGCGGGUCGGGUGCAUUUCUGUGUAGCACUUGAUUAGCUACUAUGAGCUUGCUACACAGUGAUAGCAGCUGUGGAGCCCGAGACGUGGAAAGCGGCUGCUGUGCAGCCAUGGCCAGUGCCUGCAGCGCGGGAGCCAAAGAAGACGGCACAAGUGUCAGCAGUGGGACUGGAAACCCUCCAAGUUCUUUCACAGAAGAAACACAAGGAUAUGAUGUGGAGUUUGAUCCGCCCUUGGAAAGUAAAUAUGAAUGUCCAAUCUGUUUGAUGGCUCUUCGGGAGGCUGUGCAGACACCAUGCGGACACCGUUUCUGCAAAGGCUGCAUUGUCAAAUCAAUAAGAGAUGCAGGUCACAAAUGUCCAGUAGACAACGAAAUUCUGCUUGAAAAUCAGCUUUUUCCUGACAACUUUGCUAAACGGGAGAUCCUUUCGUUAAUGGUGAAGUGUCCCAACAAGGGCUGCAGUAUGAAGAUGGAACUGAGGCACCUAGAGGAACACCAGUUACAGUGUGAAUUUUCCACUGUGGAAUGUCCACAGUGCCAAGGAACCUUCCAGAAGAACCACUUGAAAGAGCACAUGACCCAGGAGUGUCUGAGGCGUCAAGUGUGUUGCCCAAACUGUGCCACAUCUAUGGCCUAUGAAGAUAAAGAGCUUCAUGACCAAACCUGCCCACUUGCCAAUGUGUUUUGUGAAUAUUGCAACACAGUGCUAAUCAGAGAGCAGAUGCCUAACCAUUACAACAAUGAUUGUCCUACUGCCCCAGUGCCAUGUUUUUAUAGUGCCUUUGGAUGUCCUGAAAAGAUGCAAAGGAAUGAACUGGCACGACAUAUGCAGGAGUUCACUCAGGUUCACAUGAGAAUGAUGGCUCAGAGUUUUCAAAAUAUCAGUGUCACUGCUACAAAUCCUGUACCCUUCAUCAAUGGCCUACCCUUUGAGCCUGCCCUCUUCUCACACGUGUCACGUGCCACAUACGAUUGUAAUCCAGAAGUUGAAAACUUCAAAGAAACUAUUCAGCAGUUGGAAGGUCGUCUGGUAAGACAAGAUCACCAAAUCAGGGAACUCAUUGCUAAAAUGGAGACUCAGAACACUCACAUGGCAGAACUCAAACGUACUAUCCGAAGUUUGGAGGAAAAGAUCACUGAAAUGGAGGCCCAGCAAUGUAAUGGUAUUUAUAUCUGGAAGAUUGAGAACUUCAGCGGACUUCAGAAAGCCCAGGAAGAAGAGCGACCUGUUGUGAUACACAGUCCUGGCUUCUAUACUGGAAAGCCUGGGUACAAGCUGUGUUUGCGCCUGCAUAUCCAAUUACCGAAUGCUCAGCGCUGUGCUAAUUUUAUAUCUCUGUUUGUCCACACUAUGCAAGGAGAAUAUGACAGCCAUCUGCCAUGGCCUUUCCAAGGCACGAUACGACUUUCUAUUUUGGAUCAAUCAGAAGGCCCAGAAAGGCAGAAUCAUGAAGAAGUAAUGGAAGCCAAGCCAGAGUUACUGGCCUUCCAGAGACCGACAGUUCACCGCAAUCCAAAAGGUUUUGGUUAUGUGACUUUCAUGCACCUGCAAAAUUUGAAACAAAGAACCUUCAUAAAGGAUGAUACACUUCUGGUGCGCUGUGAAGUUCUAACACGUCUAGAUUUGAACAGUGUCCGCAGAGAAGGAUUUCAGGCUCGCAGUACAGAUGGACCUAUGUAGCCUGUAAGUCUUAUCCAGAGGAAUGGAGCCACUAGUUGUGUUCUUCCACCACAGGUUAUAAGAGUGCUUCAUUGUAAAUAUAGGCUGCGUUUGUAAAAGAUCAUAGUUACCAACAUAGUUGAUCUUCACCUGAAUGGAACUUUCUUGUUGCUGGUUUAUUUUUUUCUGUAUGAGGUCAUGUAUUUAAAUAUUUGGUAUG